UGAACGUGUCAAGUCGGAAGGUUUUCAAGCGGGUUGCGAAGUGUUGCGCAGUAGGAAUCGGGUGGAAAAUUUAUAAAAACGGCCCACAUCAGCAAAGCGGUGGUGGAAAUGUAAUAGAACAGAGGCAAAAAAAUCGUAUAUACGCGCACACAACAGCUGUAGGCUGAAAAGAAAAAUUAAAAUUACUGCGCAACUUACACACGAAACCUGUUAAUGUUAAGUUUUUGAUAAUUUUUCUGAAAUAUUUAAUUUCUUAAUACUAGCGUCCAAGACGACGUACCAAAAUGGUCGAGAACGAAAAUAAAAACCUGUUAAAUGAUAACAGAUUGGGUAUAAGUGGAAAUGGCAGCGCUGCUCAAUUGAAGGCACAGAUAGUGCCUGCGCAGCCCAAAACAUUACAGCAUUUGCCGAAAAGACCCGCUGUUGACUUGGGGUUCCAUAAUUUAACAUAUCGCGUGAAGGAAGGCAACCGAAGCAAUGCCAAAACAAUACUUAAAGGUGUUAGUGGACGGUUACGUUCGGGUGAGCUUACUGCCAUUAUGGGACCAUCUGGGGCAGGAAAAAGUACGUUACUCAACAUUUUGUCUGGCUACAAAACGUCGAGUAUUGAAGGCAGUGUCACCAUGAAUGGUGCCGAGCGUAAUAUAAGUACAUUUCGUAAACUUUCUGCAUACAUAAUGCAGGAUAACCAAUUACACGGGAAUUUAACAGUGCAGGAAGCCAUGUCCGUUGCAACAAAUCUAAAGCUGAGCAAAAAGUUUACCAAACCAGAAAAAAAUUCAAUGAUUGAUGACAUUUUGCUGACGUUAAGUCUGAGCGAACACCGCAAUACCCUUACACGAAAUCUAUCCGGUGGCCAAAAGAAACGUCUGUCUAUUGCUUUGGAGCUGAUAACAAAUCCGCCUGUAAUGUUCUUCGAUGAGCCCACCUCUGGGCUGGACAGUUCGACAUGCUUCCAGUGCAUACAUUUACUGAAGAUGUUGGCCGCUGGCGGUCGAACUAUAAUUUGCACCAUACAUCAGCCGUCAGCACGCUUAUUCGAGAUGUUUGAUCAACUCUAUACUUUAGCGGACGGUCAAUGUGUGUACCAAGGCAGCACAAGACAGCUGGUGCCAUUCCUAUCUACACUGAACCUUGAAUGUCCCAGUUACCACAAUCCGGCGAGCUAUGUUAUCGAAGUGUCUUGUGGUGAACACGGUGAUCACACACGAAAGCUCGUCGAGGCAAUUGAUAACGGCAAACGCGACAUUCGCUCGUCGGCUGACUAUGCGGGACUGAAGGCGCGCAAUGAUCUAAUUAAGGUUCAAAACUUGAAGGCCAUUUUAGACAAGAAUGAUGCCUCCAACGUCAGUGGAAGCAAAUACGAAGAUAACCUAACUUUAAAUAAUGGAUUGCUCAGUGGCAUGGUCAACGACAUUGUGAAGACGAACCCAAGCAAGGUUCUUGUAAGCACUAAUGAUAAGGGUGAUUCUAUGAUCGACGUAGAGAAGACGGACAAUUGUACAACAGCACUGCUAUCAGCUGAGAUUACUUCGCCUGAACGUUAUCCAACAUCGCAGUUCCAUCAGUUUUGGGUGGUGUUGAAGCGUACAUUAUUGUUUAGCUAUCGAGAUUGGACCCUCAUGUAUUUACGUCUGUUUGCUCAUUUGUUGGUUGGAUUUCUGAUUGGUGCCCUUUAUUACGAUAUAGGCAAUGAUGGUGCUAAGGUUCUUAGCAAUUUGGGCUUUCUAUUUUUCAAUAUGUUAUUCCUAAUGUACACCUCCAUGACAAUAACUAUUUUAUCAUUCCCACUUGAGAUGCCUGUGCUGCUCAAAGAGAAUUUUAAUCGAUGGUACUCACUAAAAUCAUACUAUUUAGCUAUCUCUGUUGCAGAUUUACCAUUCCAGGCCAUUUUUUGCGUCAUCUAUGUUUCCAUCGUUUAUUACUUUACUUCCCAACCAUGGGAACUGCUACGUUUCUCCAUGUUCUUAUCGGCAUGUCUACUCAUAUCUUUUGUUGCGCAAUCUGUGGGGUUGGUCGUGGGAGCCGCGAUGAAUGUACAAAACGGGGUGUUUUUAGCACCUGUCAUGUCUGUCCCGUUCCUGCUAUUUUCCGGAUUCUUCGUUUCUUUCGACGCGAUUCCAGUGUAUUUGCGAUGGAUCACCUAUCUAUCCUACAUUCGAUACGGGUUUGAAGGCACAGCAUUAGCUACUUACGGCUAUGGACGUGAGAAGUUGAAGUGCUACCAGGUAUAUUGCCAUUUUAAAUCACCGAUGACCACGCUGGAAGAACUCGACAUGGUGAAUGCAAACUUCACCCUAGACAUUGUGGCACUUAUUGUGAUUUUCGUGGUUCUACGUAUUUCCGCAUAUCUCUUUUUACGUUGGAAAUUGAAGACUACGCGCUAAAUUUAUAGCCUUACCUUUUUUCGGUCCGAAAAGCUUUUUAUACAUUUAUAAUGGAGUAUUCUGUAUUCUUUUUGGGGUUUUUAUGUUUAUAUAUUUGAUGUCUUUAAUUAGAUGGCAUAGUUGUAAAUACAUUUUUAUUUAUAGUCACGUAAGCUAACAUCGAUCAAAAGGUUUCAUAAACAUGUAACCUGUGAAUAAAAACAAAUAUUUUAUAUAUA